AAUGUGAUUGGUAUUUUGUUUUGUAAGAGUGAGACCGAUACCACCACCCUCAACUCCCCUUAGCCGGCAACUGUGAUGUGUUGGCCAGGCAGAAUAUUCCUCAGUGAAUGAAUGUCCACUUCUAGAGGUCCCAGGUUGGGGGCUCCAAGGACGCGUUACGCAGAAAAGUACUUGGCGACACGCUGAUGAUUAGCCAAACCCAGAACACCAGGGAACAUAACACAGCGAACCUGGAGAAAGUUGAGCGCCUAGCUGGGGCCCCACCCCCAGCACACAUCCCAGCAUGCCCUGCACCGCAGCCUGGGUGGGACUUCCUGUGCAAGCCGCCGGACUUCCGUGACUACCAGAAGCGUGAUACGCGUGUGGUCGCCUGGGCGACGAAGCUGACACUGAAUUGUAGAAGGGAGGCCUAGCAGGCAGGCCGAAGCCAUGGACAUAGAUGCCGAGCGAGAGAAGAUAACACAGGAGAUCCAGGAGCUCGAAAGGAUUUUGUAUCCUGGAUCCUCCAGCGUCCACUUUGAGGUCUCUGAAUCCAGUCUCAGUUCGGACUCUGAAGCAGAUCCUCUGCCUGGUGAGGACUUGGAGACUGCCGGUGCCCCCAUCUUGGAAGAAGAAAGGUCAAGCGAGGGCAGCAAUGAUGAAGAGGACCCCAAGGACAAAGCUCUUCCUGAAGACCCCGAGACCUGUCUGCAGCUAAAUAUGGUCUACCAGGAGGUGAUCCGGGAAAAGCUAGCAGAGGUUAGCCAGUUGCUAGCCCAGAACCAGGAGCAGCAGGAGGAGAUCCUGUUUGAUUUGGCUGGGACCAAGUGCCCCAAGGCGAAGGACGCCAGAAGCCUGCCCUCAUACAUGUACAUAGGCCACUUCCUGAAGCCAUACUUCAAGGACAAGGUCACUGGAGUGGGGCCUCCUGCCAACGAAGAAACGCGGGAGAAGGCUGCCCAGGGAAUCAAGGCCUUUGAACAGCUCUUGGUGACUAAGUGGAAGCACUGGGAGAAAGACUUGCUCAGGAAGUCUGUAGUGAGUGACCGCCUGCAACGCCUGCUUCAGCCCAAGUUACUGAAGCUUGAGUACUUACAAGAAAAACAGAGCCGAGUCUCCAGUGAGUUGGAAAAGCAGGCCCUGGAGAAGCAGAUUAAGGAAGCAGAGAAGGAACUUCAGGACAUCAACCAGCUCCCAGAGGAAGCUUUGCUGGGGAACCGGCUGGACAGCCACGACUGGGAGAAGAUUUCCAAUAUUAACUUUGAAGGAGCCCGCAGCGCAGAAGAGAUCCGGAAGUUCUGGCAGAGCUCUGAGCAUCCAAGCAUCAAUAAGAAGGAAUGGGGCACAGAGGAAGUAGAGAGGCUAAAGACCAUCGCUGCCUCCCACGGCCACCUCGAGUGGCACUUGGUUGCAGAGGAACUCGGGACGGGCCGCAGUGCCUUCCAGUGUCUGCAGAAAUUCCAGCAGUACAACAAAGCCCUGAAACGCAAGGAGUGGACAGAAGAGGAAGACCACAUGCUCACCCAGCUGGUCCAGGAGAUGCGUGUUGGAAACCAUAUCCCAUACCGCAGGAUUGUCUACUUCAUGGAAGGGAGAGACUCCAUGCAGCUGAUCUACCGUUGGACCAAGAGCUUAGAUCCCAGCCUGAAAAGGGGAUUCUGGGCCCCAGAGGAAGAUGCUAAAUUGCUUCAAGCUGUUGCCAAGUAUGGGGCGCAGGACUGGUUUAAAAUCCGGGAAGAGGUGCCAGGUAGGAGCGAUGCCCAGUGCAGAGACCGCUACAUCAGAAGAUUACAUUUCAGUUUGAAGAAGGGACGGUGGGAUGCAAAAGAAGAACAACAGCUGAUCCAGUUAAUAGAAAAAUAUGGCGUCGGUCACUGGGCAAGAAUAGCUUCUGAACUGCCCCAUCGGUCAGGCUCCCAGUGUCUGAGCAAAUGGAAAAUCUUGGCCAGGAAGAAACAGCAUCUCCAGAAGAGGCGAGGGCAGAGGCCCCGUCACAGUAGCCAGUGGAGUUCCUGUAGCAGCAGCAGCAGCAGCAGCAGCAGCAGCAGUGGCAGUGAGGACUAUGGUGGCGGCAGCAGCAGCAGCAGCAGCAACAGCAGUGAAGACUCAGAGGUAGAACUGGAGGAGCCUUUGCAGAGUAGCAGAGCAUUGGCUCCUCAACAGUACAGCGUGCCAGACAUCGACCUGUGGGUUCCUACCAGACUGAUCGCCAGCCGGUCACAGAGAGAGGAGACAGGGUGCUACCCAGUACACCCUGCUGUCUCCUGCCGUACUCAAAAUCACCACAAGGAAGGUUCUACCGCAGUCUCUGCUCCUGAGAUAAACCAGAUGCAGGAGUGCUGUGAGACCCACAGCACUGUUCCCAGAGGAGUCCAGUCCCUGCACUCCUCAGACCCUCACCGAGCAAGUGUGAAGGAGCCAGCCUGCAAGAGCCACACACUGGUGAAGGAAAGACUGAGGCAGCCACCCCUGCCUAAUUCACGCUCAGGGUCUGACCCUGGUAACAGUAUGGCUGGGCCCCAUCUACGGCGGCUGUGGCAUGGAACUUUCCAGAAUAAGCAGAGACGCAAGAGACAGGCUCUACAUCGAAGGCUCCUGAAGCACAGGCUCCUGCUGGCUGUGAUACCCUGGGUGGGUGACAUCAACCCGGCUUGCACACAAGCUGUCCAGAGACCUGCAGCUGUACAGACUCAAGCUGACAGCAUCAGGAUGCAGUUGGAGUGUGCACGCCUGGCCAGCACUCCAGUGUUCACACUGUUCAUUCAGCUGUUGCAGAUUGAUACUGCGGGCUGCAUGGAGGUGGUUCAAGAGAGGAAAACCCAGCCACCUGCACUGCUCCAGCCUGGCACCCGGAACACCCAGCCACAUCUCCUGCAGGUGUCCUCUAACGACAAGAACAGCACAGGCUGCCUUCUUCCAGGCAUGCCGGAUGAGCAAACUGCAAAGAGAACCGGCCAGAAAGGGCGUCCACGGCUGGGGUCCUGCAAGGCUGAGGCUACUCCCUUCCAAGUUCCUGUGGCAGCCCCACGUGGCCUCCGGCCAAAGCCUAAGACUGUAUCUGAGCUGCUGAGGGAGAAGCGGCUCCGUGAGUCCCAUGCCAAGAAGGCCACUCAGGCUCUCACUGCCCUCAGCAGCCAGCUGCUGGUCUCCUCACCUGUGCUCCUCCAGCCCCCUCUGCUGCCAGCUGCCCGCGGUUCCCCAGUCGUGGGCCCUGCAGCAUCCAGUGUAGAACUCUCUGUACCUGUGGCCCCAGUGAUGGUCAGUUCAAGUCCUUCUGGCUCCUGGCAGGUGGGUGGGAUCUCAGCCACAGACAAACAGCCCCCCAACCUACAAACCAUUCCCCUAAAUCCCUCCCACCAAGGGACCCAGAUUGCAGCCCCUGCUGCAUUUAGGAGCCUAGCCUUAGCUUCUGGGCACGUCUCCACAGGCUGCCCCCUGAAUACUCUAGGGCAAACCUCUACCACAUCCCAGAAGCAGAGCCUGCCCAAGGCCCUGCCCAUUCUCCCAGCAGCCCCUAGCCUCACUCAGCUGUCUGUGCAACCCCUCAGUCUGCCACCAGUUCUUAACCCACCUGCAAGUGGGCAGCCCCCGGCAACCAAGUCCAGCCUGCCUGUCAACUGGGUUCUCACAACUCAGAAGCUGCUCUCUGUCCAAGUGCCAGCCGUGGUGGGCCUCCCCCAGCCAGUGAUGACCCCUGAGACCAUAGGACCACAAGCGAAACAGCUGCCUUCCCCUUCCAAGACGCCUGCUUUUCUGGGACAGCCUCCAGCUAGCACAGACACAGAACCCAAAGGACCUCAGGGCCAGGAGACCCCACCCACACCUGGGCCUGAAAAGAAGGCUUUGGACUUAAGCCUGCUUUCCCAGGAAAGUGAGGCGGCCACCUUGACAUGGCUGAAGGGGAGCCGAGGUGCUUGUGUGCCCCCACUGGGAAGCAGGAUGCCCUAUCAUCCCCCUUCCCUGUGCAACUUGCGAGCAUUGUCCAGCCUCCUCCUCCAUAAGAAGGAUUUGGAGCAGAAGGCUUCCUCUCUGGUGGCCGGCCAGGCAGCUGGGGCCCAACCCGAGCCCGAGGCUGGAGCCCUACAAGCUUCCCUGGAGCUGGUACAGAGGCAAUUCCAGGACAACCCAGCCUACCUCCUGCUAAAGACUCGUUUCCUGGCUAUCUUCUCCCUUCCUGCAUUCCUGGCCACUCUGCCCCCCAACAGUGUUCCCACCACCCUAUCACCAGCCAUGGCUGUGGGUUCUGAGAGUGACAGUGAAGACUUUGGUGACCUGGAGCCGAAGGACGGGGCUAGGCAGCUGGACUGCAUGGCCUGCAGAGUGCGAGCAAACCCGGUGGCCCCAGACCCUGUGCAGAGAGCUCCAAGUCCCAGUGCAGUGUCUGCUCCCUCCCACCUGGAUGCUUCUGAUGACCUCGAUGACCUUGACGUGCUCAGGACUCGACGUGCUCGGCAUUCCCGGAAAUAGAGGUUGCUCUGAGCAGCAAGGACAAGGACUCAAGGGAUCCAGAAACCCAGGCUUAUGCCAGGCAAGAGGCAGGGCCCAAGCCUGACCAGAAGCCCACAGCCCUCUGCAAGAAGACGGGAGGCCAGAAAGCUGCAGACUAA